AUGAGCAUUCCGUCGGAUCGGCAUGCAGCUGCAGUUAGUCGCUUACAAGACCUUGAAGAAGAAUUACGAGAUGCUGGGGCGAUAUGUCCUCCUGACACAGCUGUUUCAGAUGUUGUUGCUAACGCACUGGCCACAGCAUCUCCAAAUUCUGAUAUUCAGAUUCGUGUUAAUUCAUCUCGGCAGGUCACCACCACAAAGUCGGUUUUUGAAACGGAAACUCCGGGAAUGACAGGUGCAUCAGCUGUACCUCCGCUUUCAACGGAGUUGGAUGCUUCAACAGAGUUAAAAUUCUUAAUUACUGAUUCAUUUUACUUUGAAGUAACCGAUCAGAAACAUGAAAGUGUUGCUGAAGGCUUUGCAAGUGAUGAUGGCUCUGUCGUUGUGUCCAAAAAAAUGACGCGUAUUGUGACUACAACGAAAACAAUCCCAGGAGAGAAGAAUGAAUCAAAUGCUGGCAGCGUAAAUCCCCGUGCCAAGCCAAUAGUUAUUGCUGAGCAGCAGCAUCGAGAAAUGGAUCAUAGCUGCUGA